UUAAAGUUAGGACAUAAUACUAAAUUUGCACAAAUGAUUAAUAAAUUUCGUUGUUGAAAAUAUUAAAACGUAAAUAUAAAUUUCUCUAACAAAGGAAUUUUGAAUUCCUUAGCAUCACAUCUUUGAGCCACACACGAUUGUAUAUCUCGAGUUAAAAUGUUGAAAAUUUACACUGAUACGUAAUAUUGAAACACGUGACUUAACAUACUCACAUAACGGUAUAUAUAACGGUCAUAAUAUUUGUUUGCAACGCACAUAGUUUCAGAUAAAUACAUUCAUUAAGCAAAGAUUUGCGAAUAAUAAAAUUUUUUUCGUAAUUUUCCAUGAGUGUAAGCGAAUAUUUCCGAAACAUGCAAAUAAACAAUACUAUUACUACAUGAUAAAAGUCUAUAUUGAAAAUAAUUGAAGAAACUUAAAAUCGAUAUGAGGAAACGAUUACCAGACAAAUCGUUCUUGGUCUAUCAUGUUUCAAUCACUAGAGUUCACCAAACGGUAACAAUCGAUCCUGUUUCUAGGCCAUUUGCUGGGUGCACGAUCGUCAUAAAACGGUGGAAAGAAGCGACGCAGUGAGGCGAUGUGCCUUCAAAAACAUGUCCACUUUCACAGGACACGAAAACGGGCUCGAAAACUACCCGGAGAUCGGUGUACAGCACACGCGACGGAUGGACGGACACGACCUGGCGACCACGUAUCCAGUUCUUCUUCGGGCGACCUGGUACAAUCGCUGACAAAAGUUCAUUAUAUCUUCGACCUCGACCAAAGGCCCGUUGAUGCACGUAUAUACAAUGGAAACGAUCGAAGAAGUUUGAAACAAGCGGCACAGGCUUAGAUGGCUAAUUAAAAUGGACGCACGCAAGUAGAACGUACUGUGGAAUGUAAAAGGGUGGGAGAAAGAGGUUGAGAAGGAUUGGGGAGAUCGUGUAUGAGGACAAGGGUGAGUUGAAACAAAUGAGCGUGUAGAACAAGCCGAUCAAGGUAUAGUGGAGCAGUUCCUAACAGAGAGCUGACGGAAAGGACGAUGAAAGCCGACGGAAAUUCAUGACUGUCAGAUCGAAGGCUUGUCCCGUGCAAUAGCUAGGCAUCGUAACUCCUUACCCCGUGCCCUUCGUGUCAGCCCCCGUGGCACGUCGUAACGAGGUACGAAGGAAGGCAGUCAGGCAGAGUCAGGCAAGGCAGCAGGCGUCACGCCCGCCAGUCAUCGAGCUCGUCACUCGCCCACGAACGCUUAUAAAGAUUCUCGCGGGCAGAAUGUAGAUACGAGCUGUCAGCUCGACAUGAAGCAUGCCGCCGACAGUGCACGGACAAACGGGACAGGCACACAGGAUAGGCGAAUCUGUCUCUCCCUCUUUCCCUUCCUUUUCUCUCUCUCCCUCUCUUCCACUUCCUCUUUUUCUUUCUCGUUCUCCUCUUAUUCAUUUGUUCUUUCUCUUCCCUACACACCAGUAUAUAGGUUUGGCUCUGUUGGCCCUUUCAUUUCUUCUCUCUUUCUCUUUCACCGGCCGACUUCCCCUGU